CUGUGAUUUGAGGUGGUAGAAAGAUAAAAUUUGAUAUCGUUCUUAGAAUCAUAUUUAAUCAAAUAAAAUGCCUAAUACUCUAUUAGCAGAUUCUAUUUCUCUGGAAUUGGAAGCUCAAGAUCCAUUGCCCCAGAAUAUUAUUCUGUAUCAGCCAUAUGAGGUUGAACAAAUAUUACUACCUGACAAUGCAAAUUGCUUGGCUGUUCAAGCUUUUCUUAAAAUGUGUGAUCUUAAGUUUAAAGUAGAGCCAAGAACCAAUGCAGAAUAUAUGUCUCCAUCUGGCCGUGUGCCAUUCAUUAAAUGUGGUGCAUUUUUGAUAUCUGAAUUUGACAACAUUGUAUCAUUUAUAGGGCAUAAAGGCAUAAGUUUAUCAGAUCAUUUAUCUCCAGCUUCUAAGGCAGAUAUGAGGGCCUAUAUGUCAUUAGUGAAUAAUGUUUUUGUAAAUGCUGAAUUAUAUAUUUGUUGGGUUGAUGAAACUACUUUAAAUGAAGUAACCAAAGGAAGACAUGGGAGUGCAUAUCCAUGGCCACUAAAUCACUUUUUAAACUGGCAAAAAAGAAAAGAAGUCAUAAAAAAACUCAAUAUACUUGGUUGGUACAAUAAAACUAUAGAGGAUGUUUGCAAUGAAGUUAAAAAUUGUUGUACAGCAUUAUCAGUGAGAUUGGAGGGUAGUGACUAUUUCUCUGGAGAAAAGACACCUAAUGAAUUGGAUGCCUUAGUUUUUGGACACAUCUUUACAAUAAUCACAACUCCUCUACCUGGUAAUCACCUGGCGAGUAUUAUCCAGAGUUAUCCACAGCUUGUGCACCUCCUCAAACGCAUUGAGACUAGCAUUUUUUCUCCUCAAGCGAUAGGGGUCAAAUAA